AUGUUAUUUAAGUUCUUUCUUUUACAGCGAUUUGUUGAACUCCUAACAUUUCGUGAUACAGAAAAAAAAAAAUAUUGGGACCCAUAUCUUGGUGACUCUUGUCAUUUCAAUGACACUCACUUACUGCAGCUGACACACAGAAUCUCUCCGGCAAAGUGGAGUCUCUUACAGAAGCAAAGUCAGGUUUCUAUUGCUCCCUUUACAUAUCCCUUUCUUUUUUGUCUCUUCCUUCCCUACCAUCUAAUUCAUAUCUUACUUCUACCUUCAUUUUCUCUGCUCUCUUUCUUCUGUUCCACUUCAUCUAAAUUUUUCCUUUCUCUUUGCCUACUCCCUCUUCACCUCUUUGUCUUCCCUUUGCCUACUCCCUCUUCAUCUCCGUCUUUCCUUUGCCUACUCCUCCCCCAUCUGUCUUCUCUUUGCCUACUUCUUCUUCCUCCCUUUGCCUACUCCUCCUCCAUCUGUCUUCUCUUUGCCUACUCCUCUUCUUACUCCCUCUUCAUAUCUUUGCCUACUCCUCCUUCCUCUUCUUACUCCUUCUUCAUCUCUCUUUUUACUCCUUCUUCAUCUCUCUUUUUACUCCUUCUUCAUCUCUCUUUUUACUCCUUCUUCAUCUCUCUUUUUACUCCUUCUUCAUCUCUUUUUUACUCCUUCUUCAUCUCUCUUUUUACUCCUUCUUCAUCUCUCUUUUUACUCCUUCUUCAUCUCUCUUUUUACUCCUUCUUCAUCUCUCUUCUUACUCCUUCUUCAUCUCUCUUCUUACUCCCUCUUCGUCUCUCGUCUUUGCCUAACCUUCCUCCUUCUCUUUGUCUCAUCACUAUCAACUCUCUUUAUUUGAUUGUGCUUUCAUCAUCACUAUUUUCUGCCCACUCCCUUUGUUUCAGUAUUUAUCCUUAUCAUUUUCUCUUCACUUCUCCCUAA